AUGUCAGAUUCAGAUCAAGACCCAGAUUACGAGGAGGACUCACCUAAACUUUCCUUUCUGAUACAUACCAAGUCAUCUUCAGGCCAAGAUGCUACUUUUUCCUUUGAGACAAGUGGUCAAGAUCAGACAUUGGACCCAGAAUGUGAAAUCACCAGUUCAUUUUUGAGUUUCUCCAUGUCACGUUCAUCACCAACCUCUGGGGAGUCACCAACCUCUAGGGAGGUUCCCGAGAGCUGUGUCAUGACUUCAUUUCUGGCUGUUUCGAUGGCAGACUCAGCAACCAAAGAUUCAUUUGCUGGUCAGAGGCUAGCUCCUCACCGUCUUACAAAUGUGCCUUUUCCUGCUCAGGUCCAGAAACAACUACAAGGUUUUUACCUAUCCAAAAAGCAGCUCCUGCGAAUGAAAGACUCCUUGCAGGCAGCCUUGGAGAAGGGCCUAAAAAAACAGGCUCAAGAUGGACCAGGUGGCUUACCCAUGCUGCCCACUUAUGUUUGUGCUUUGCCUGAUGGCACUGAGAGAGGAUAUUUUCUGGCUCUAGUAUUGGGCAAGACUCAUGUGGAAACCUUGCUGUUGCACCUGAGUGGAGAAGAGAAGCAGAAGGCUCAGAUAAAAAAGCAGACCUUUGCAAUUCCAGCAGAACUGCUCCAUGGCAAUGGCUUUCAGCUUUUUGAAUUCUUGGCCAAAUGCCUGGCUAAAUUUUUGGAUGACCUUGGCAUCAGCGAGAAAUCUUUCCGACUGGGCUUCUGUUUUCCCUUUCAGUGUGAACAUAUUUCACUGAAUCAGUGUAAGUUGGUUCAGUGGACAAAGGAGUUCUACUGUUCCGGUGUGGUGGGUGAGAAUGUGGCACAACUGCUCCAAACAGCCUUAAAAGAACACUGUAAGAACUACAACAUUGAGGUCUUUGCUGUGCUGAAUGACACCGUGGGAGUCAUGAUGAGCUGCAUUUGUGAAGAGCAGCCCUGUGAGAUUGGGCUGAUAAUAGAUGAUGGUACUAAUUGUUGCUACAUGGAACAGAUCGAGAACAUAGCAGGCAUGGAGAACCAAGCGGGGCGCAUGUGUCUAAACACCGAAUGGGGCUCUUUUGGGCAAGGAGGAGAAUUGGAUAACAUACUGACAGAGUUUGACCAGUUAAUGGAUAAAGAGUGUACUAAUCAAGGCAUGUGCAGAUUUGAAAAGCUGAUCAGUAAUAUAUACGUGUGUGAGAUUGUCCGCAUUAUUCUGGCUACUCUGUCUGAGAAGGGUGAUCUCUUCAGUGGGGUCUUGGCUCCCAGUCUGUUGACCAAAGGAGUGCUGAAGCUGCAAGAUAUCUUGGAUAUCAUAGAUGAAAAAGUGGGCCUGGUGAAAACCAAGAACUUCCUGACUCGCCAGGGACUGGUCCCGAACAACCAAGAUUGUUCCUUUGUGCAGCAGAUCUGUCAAAUUGUGUUUCUCCGCUCUGCCCACCUCUGUGCUGCUGGAGUGGCUGCCAUCAUUACUCAUAUUCGUACUUCUCAAAAACGGGCACAUCUGAAUAUCGGUGUAGCUGUGUCUGGGGCCAUGUACAGGGGUCAGACACAGUAUCGUGAGACAGUGCAGCAGACACUGAAAACCUUAAUUCCUGAGUGUACCGUCACCUUUGUCACAUCUGAAGGCAGUGCUGUAGGGACUUCCCUGGUUGUGGCUGCAGCUGUGAGGCUUGGAAAACUUCGUGAGCAGUUAUCUGCAAUCCUAGCACCCUUGCAACUUUCCACAGGGGACCUUGAAAAAAUCCGGAAGCAGAUGAGAUGGGAGAUGGAAAGGGGCCUGUCGAAGGAGACUAACAAUGUAGCCACUGUCCGCAUGUUGCCUACCUUUGUCUGUCAGUUGCCUGAUGGCUCUGAGAGAGGGGACUACCUAGCCCUGGAUCUGGGUGGAACCAAUUUCCGAGUGCUGAUGGUGCAGGUGAAAAGCCCACAGGAGGGUGGUAUCAACAUAAUCAGUGAGAUUUAUAUCAUUCCAACAGAAGUGGCCCAGAGCACUGAUGUAGAGCUCUUUGAUCACAUUGUUCGCUGUGUUAUGGAUUUCCAAACCAAGCAUGGCAUGAAAGAUCGCACGCUGCCACUGGGCUUCACUUUCUCCUUUCCCUGCUCUCAGUUAGGCCUGGACAAGGGCAUCUUAUUGAGAUGGACCAAGGGUUUCAGUGCUGUGGGCUGCGUAGGGAGAGAUCCUGUGGAAUUGCUACGGGAGGCGGUCAAACGUCAAGAGCACUUUGGUCUAAACGUGGUUGCCAUAGUGAAUGACACUGUGGGAACCAUGAUGUCAUGUGCCUAUGAGGAUCCCAAAUGCGAGAUUGGCCUCAUUGUUGGAACAGGUACCAAUGCUUGCUAUAUGGAGGAAAUGAAAAAUGUGAGCACUGUGGAGAGUGGCGAGAAAAGAAUGUGUAUCAACAUGGAAUGGGGAGCAUUUGGGGAUGAUGGCAGCCUUGACUAUAUAAUGACGGCCUAUGACAAGAAAAUGGAUGCAGCAUCCAUCAACCCAGGCCAACAGAGGUAUGAGAAGCUCAUCAGUGGUAUGUACUUGGGUGAAAUUGUGCGCUACAUUCUACUGGAUCUAACAGCCCGCAAGAUCAUAUUUCAAGGCCAGUCGCCAUCUGUGCUUAAAACCAAAGACCUCUUCCCCACUAAAUUGUUAUCAGACAUCGAGAAGGGUGGCCAAGGUGUGCAAGAGGUGUGUACUGUUUUGGAAGAGAAAGGAUUUGUGAUAACUACGGAGGAUGCCCACCUGGUGAAAAAUGUGUGCCAAAUAGUGUCCACCCGUGCUGCUAAAGUAUGUGGAGCUGGUCUGGCUGCUGUUGUAGAUAAAAUCCGAGAAAAUCGGCAGCUUGAGAAGCUGGAGGUGACUGUUGGAGUGGAUGGAACGCUAUACAAGAUGCACCCUCACUUUGCAAGGCAGGUUCAGGAGACAGUGGCUCUUUUGGCACCAAAAUGCCAAGUCAAAUUCUUACUAUCAGAAGACGGUUCGGGAAAAGGAGCUGCACUGAUUGCUGCUGUGGCCCACCACAAAAGUCAGCAGAAACCCACUUAG